AUGGAGCUGCUUGCAUACCUUUGCCUAGGAGCCAGACCUGCUGCUGGCUGCUUCCAUGGUGCAGUGCAGUCUGCAGUGCCAGGACAGGCAGGAAGCCUGCCUCUGCACCCUGGCUGUGCCGCUGUGAGCCAUCGAAGACGCUUCGUCCCUUCCGCUGGUUGGUUGUCAGGGUUGCGCGAGCCGGGCAGCGCGGGGGCUGCCAACGGCCCGGCGCCGGCUGCCGCUGGGCUGACGAUGGGGCUCAGCGAGCGGGAGCGGGCCGGGUGCCGGGCCCUGCUGGAGCUGAUGGCGACGGACGAGCUGAUGACGCUGACGGACACGAUCACCAACCGCCUGGUGCUGCCGCAGAGCCGACAAGAAGCCAUUCAUGCAAUUUUAGUUUACAGUCAAAGUGUAGAAGAACUCUUGAAACGAAGAAAAGUCUGUCGAGAAAUAAUUUUUAAAUACUUGGCAAAAGAAGGAGUUGUGGUGCCACCUUGUUCUGAAAAACACCAGCUCAUUCAUCAUGCGAAGCAAUACUGGAGUGGGCAGCUGACAGAUCAUGUUGCAGAGACAGAGUAUAUUAAUCCGAAUAAACAGAGCUAUCAACAGAGACAAAAACGACAGGAAGAGAAUGAUUGGAACAGACUAGGAAUAGAAUUCUGUCAGUGGUUCUUUGAACUUCUCAACUCUCAGCAUCCUCUGGGGAGACGAUCCAAAGAACAGUGGGGACCACAGCAUUUCUGGGAGGAUGUCAAACUGAAAUUUUAUUACAACACGUUAGAAAAGAACAUAGAAGAAUACGUUGGUGCAGAAUUGGUGAGCCUCCGUUUACUCUCAUUGGUGAAAGAGGAGUAUCUCUUACUGAACCCCAACUUGGGUGCUGGUGGACUGAAGUGUGUAAUUUCUCCACAUGGGUUAGUAGUGGUGGCGGUAGCUGGCACAGUACAUAGAGGCAACAUUUGCUUGGGCAUCUUUGAACAAAUCUUUGGACUCAUCCGCUGUCCAGUUAGCGAAAAUACCUGGAAAAUAAAAUUAGUGAACCUUAAAAUAGUUGGAGAAAAUGCUCUGGAGCCUGGGACACAAGUGCAAAAGCCUUCCAUAAAAUAUGAAUUGAAUGAACUGCAAGAGCUAUAUGAUGGGAAAGAACUGAGCUUGGCUGAUCCUCGAAUUCUGAGCAAUGUGCAUACAGAAUUGGGAGAAUAACAAUUGUUUGAAAAACAAUACAGCAGUUGUAGUGAAUUCUUGAAUGUGUAAAUGACUUCAGAUUUGUUGUGAUGUCUGUUUCUUUAGUCAGGUUUACUAAGUUGAUCACAUGCCAAAGUACUGAGUGAAAUACACUUAAAGAGCCCCACUGUUUUUCGACACCCGUCCUCCAUAGCAACAUGUAAUUGAAAAAGUUGCUUCAGGACUUAGAACUGCACAACACAUAUUUAGAAAUGAAAUAACUUUUAUUUUUCUUUCUAUUUGAUGUGUUCUUUAGAUCACAUAAGUCCAUGGGGACUUAAAAUAGCAUAUGGAGCUUCUCCCGAGGCCACGAGUUAAAGUUGGACCCCAAUUGUGUUGGAAAGUCGUUGCCUUCAGGUGGCCGCUUAAAAGUGCACUUAGAUUCUUGGUCUAAUUUCUUAAUGGGCCAAUAACCCCCACAAAACUGGCACCUUGUUGGCAGUUCCAGGGGAGAAAUCAAGUACUGAAUGCAUGAAGAGAAUUUUCCUCUUUGUCCUAAAAUUGAUUCCUUCACUAAAAAAUAGAGAGAACUUAAUAAGAUGGUGUGGGGAAGCUAACCCUGCUGCUGACAGUGCUUUUCCUGUUCUGAAUUGAUAGUUAAGUUUCCAGUGUCAUCAUUUAUUUUCCAUUUUCCAGUAGCAUUUACCUCACUUCUGCAAUAAAAAACACCCUGCUCUCAAAAUUAAA